CCUCGUUCUCAUUCAGACCUGCAAAAAAGAAAUAUAAUAAUAAAGAAAAUAAAAUCACGAAAUCACAUUUUCGUCACCGAAUAAAGGCAGGUCUCUUUUAGCUUAUUCUUGAUCACUAUGGACAUGAAGAAGAUCUCCUGCGCUGUCAUUGUUGUCGCCGCUUCCAUGAGCGCAGUCAUGGCCUCCACUGACGCCCCAGCUGCUGCCCCAGGGCCAGCCUCCAGCGCCGCAUCCUCACCCUUGCCUGUUCUUGGGUCCUUGGUCGGGGCCUCCCUUGUAUCUUUUUUCGCUUACUACCUGCAGUAAAUCUAUGAAAACAUAUGUAUUGUACAAGAAGGUGGAGGAUUAAUAAUGUAACCUAAUUAUUAGGCUCAAAUUUAUUUGCUUGGGUUCAAUUGAUUGAAGAUUCUUUCUUCACUUCUUUUAUAUAUGACAAUAUGAAUUCCUUUUAUGAUUCUUUGCAAUAAAAAGUUAUUUUUAUGUUUUA